AUGGAACAGCUUACCUUGAGCGAAGAGCAAGAAAAGGAGCUGAAUGGUAGCUCAAAUUCGUUCAAAAGAGAGAUAGUUAGUGAGGUGACACCUACGGUCUACUCGGUUGCUGAGGCUAGCACGAGGGGCAGACUCGCCGAUGCGCUCUUCAAAACAGAUAUGAAUCUUACGAAGAAACAACUACACCUUCCGGAAAUCAGUGGAGGCCGUCCCAAACGACAA